GCUCGUCCCUCCUCCGGCCUUAGUCUGGAAACUCUGUUAACUUGGCCAGGAGGUUACGGAGCCCAGGGCUUUCCCCAGCAGCCUUGUCCUCUCACCUUGUCCCUCCUCCAGCUCCCAAGCACGCGAUCUGGAGGACUGCUGGGCAAGUUGCUGGAAUGACUAGCUGCAGCUAACUCGGGUCGGGAAAACGCGACAGCGACUGCCCACUCGAGGUCGUCAUGGCGACAGCCAGUGAACGUGUUCCUCUCCUCGGGCAGGCCCCCGAGUGUAGAGGAGCUGCUUCGAGAGGCGCAGCUCAAUCUCCAGAGCCUGUUGCAAGGUACUGAGAGGGAGGGGGGCUGCGGCCGGAGCCCACAGGCGAGAUGCGCAGCGGCUGGAGGGAGGCGCAGAAGAAAGAGGACAGGGACCAGCGAGAGAAAAAAAAGAGAGAGAGAACGGUUGAAACCCCACUGAAAAACAAAAAAACACACAGUUUCCCAUCUUUUUACCUUCCAGACUAAAGGAUUCGAGAGGGUUCCGUUUCUCCUGGCUGUUUACUCGCCACCCCUCCCUUCCACCCCGCCCCUUUAUUUUUCAGUUCAGGAGGCCGCGGGGGGGGGGAGGGGGGGAGGACGGAGGCAGAAGCAGGGCAAUGGUCAAGCCAUUUAUAAAGGGAGCUGGGUGAGAGACUCCCACAGGGUGGGCUCACAGACCUUUUAGACCCUCUCUUGCCACGUCACCCGUGCCUUUGGAAUCCUCACACCCAAGGACAAUGGAGGCAUCUGCAGGGUCUCCCCCUCCGGGCUUCACCCACUCUGCUCUUGCCACAACCUGUCCGUGUGUCUCCUGGGGAGCACCUGCCUCAUCAGAGUAAGCCCGACAGGGACGCCUGAGUGGCUCUGUCGGUUGAGCUUGAGCGUCCAACUCUCUAUCUCAGCUCAGGUCUUGAUCUCAGGAUUGUGGGUUCGGUCCCUGCAUUGGGCUCCAUGGUGGGCGUGGAGCCUACUUUAAAAACAAACAACAAAAAACAAAAAGGAAGCCCAGUACCCAGCACCCAGAGCUCUCCUCAUCCCCAAUUCCCAGCCCAUUGUCUUUGGAGUAUACAGAUGAGCACGCUGUACACAAAGCUGGGUCCACACGACCCGGACACACAGCCCAGUCGUGGUGCCUGAGCAGUCAGACUGUGCAUGCACCAGGCAGAGUGAGAAAACCCAGACUCUGAAAUCAGACAGAGCUAGAAUCUCAUUCCCACCCCUCACCUAACUAGCUGUGGGAUGUUAUGCAGAGUACCCAAAGCUUCAGAUGAAUCAGUCAUCUUUAAAGUGAGAUUCCAGUUCCCCACGCGGCACAGUUUUGUGAGAAUCAAAAAUGGUAUGUAACCUGCUCAGCAAGAGUAUCUUGCAGCUGGAGAGACCCCGAUAAGAUGCACCGUCAACUCCCGGUACGUGUCCUUUGGAACACAGGCUUAGCUGGGCACAAUAUUAAAGUUAACACAAAGGAGAAAACAGUGCGGUCGCUGAUAGGCCCUUACAAGACAAAAACCAGACACCUUGACCAGAGGGAUUUAGCCUACGUAAGUGGCAAAGAGAUUAAAACUCAGUGCUAUGAGAGAGACAACUGGGGUGUCACAGUAUCUGGACGGAGGUUAUAAGGGACGUGCAUAUGUCAAAAUUCACUGAGCUGUGCACUGCAGGUUUGUACACCCUGCUGUAGGUAAGUUAUAUCUCCAUGAAGUAAUUAAUACAAAUAAAAUCUCAGUGGUAGUCGCAAGCUCCGUACCUACUCCAGGCACUCGCUGUCCCACUGAGGCCUCUCUUCCAGGCCCAGAAGCCCUUCCUCAAUGUCUUCCAACCUCCAAACCGUACACUUUCUUCACAGUCCUCUUCUUGCCUCAUUCAAAACCCUUUAACACUAGUUCUACACUUUGCUCAUUCCCUUCGUGAGCACUCCCGCGAGCCACCUUGGGCCAUCCAGCUCCAGAGGACUUGUAUCGUUCUGAAGUACUUUUUCUUUCAUUUGUUCAUUCAUUUACUCAUUCACCUACUAGUCCCGGGCUUAUCACUUGUCUGCCUAACCAGACCGAACUUCUCGACAGAAAGAAUCACAUCUCUUAGUACCCUUGUGUUUCCAGAAGCAGCCGGCACAGAGCUGGAUCCCCAAGAGGUGCUCCGUAGGCAUUUGUUGAGUGAACGUUAAGUGUGAGAAGAAGUCUUGUCAGCUCUCGUUUAUCCAUACCAACGAAGGUUAACUCUUAUGGAGAGUAGAAAAUGGUAGCUGGGCCACCCAACUGGACUCCAGCCAAAACCCUCGCCUCCCUUGCCAGGGCAGUGGUGGUGACCUUAGAGAAGCAAGAUUCCAAGGGACACCAUGAGCCUUGCGUUCAGAUAAGAGAGGAGCUGCCAAGCAGAAAAGGAGUCAGUGUGCUCUGUGUUGCCACCAUGGGCAGAUUUAGGACCGGUGGGUGAAGGAAAUCUAGAGGGAGGCGGAUUUCACCUCAGGAUAAGGAAGAGCUUUCCUGCCAUGCCUGGCAGCCCCAACUGUCCUUGGAUGGAAUGAGCUGCCUUGGGAGGACGGCAGCUCCCCUUCUCUGCAGGUCUGUGUGGAGGCUGAAGAAGCAUCUAGAAGGGCUGCUGAGGAGGAACUCUGAGCCCAGAAGGGGGUGUUGGACCAGAGAACUUUUGAGGCCCCCCGGACUCCCAAGUCUCUAUGAGUCUUAAAGUCCUUGUCCAGGUGUGCAGAGAGCCCCACCCCUGUUGGUCCUUUGCUCUCUCCUGUUCCUCAUCUACUCAUCGAACCCAUCACUUCAGUGAAGUCCAUUCAAAUCUUGUGCAUCCCUCCUAUUCGCUGACAAUGCCCUUCCACUUCUCCUUCCUUCUCGGCCACUACCUCUGCCUUCCCUCUCCCUCACCUUAGCCCCCCUGGACCUGACACAACCCACAGUGGGACUAAGGUGCAGGGAACCAGGCCCUCGGAGGCUCAGAUGAGAGUUCUUGAGAUCCAGGGGAGCCCUCCACAUUGGACUUCCCAGUGCAAAUUUCUUCCUGCUUCACACAGGUCCUUUCCCUGGUAGGCUUGCAGAAAACCUGAGGAGCUGCAGGGCUUCAGAGAAGGGUGUCUGCAGCCUGAGGCUCUCCUCUAAGUUGAGCCCCUAAGGUGGGGGCCGGCAAGACAUGGGCUUGGUCUGCGAACCGGCGCAACUCGACUCUACCGACUCUCUUUUCUCCUCGGCCUUCGCAGUCCUGGGAAGUAGGCAUUUUUCCGUUUCCGAAGCCAGAGGCUCGGACGCUGGGCCAAACCGUAAAGAAACAAGGCAAGUCAGGCCUGGCAGCUAAAGCAGGAGCCCCAGCUUGCGGUCCUCUCCCAGCCCGGUGCUUGGCCGUGGCCCCUAGAGUGUGUAUCCACUGUGCUGUUUUUCAGAAGAAUAUGAGGAACGGUACCCGGAGGCCAGACUUCUGGGGCAGACCUUCCGCUCUGCUGAUGAGGCCCCUGAGCCCACUCCUAGCCCAAGGCCCCAGGCUGGCAGGCGUCUGGAGUUUGUGCUGAUGCCUACAAAACGGCAGCCGAGUGAGGAUGAGACUACCACCCAGGGUGUGAGGGCCCCCGAGGCCUCCCUGAGCCUGUCUACCACAGCCGCCAAGCAAGCUGCCUGGAAUAGCCCCUCCCCUCUGCCCAUCCUAGAGGAGAAGCGGUGGCUUCAGCCUUGCUCCACGCACUCUGACAUUGUGCCCAUCAACAUCUCUGGGCAACAGUUUGAUAAACACGCAAGUUUGCGACACUCGUUGUUUAACACAGAGACAGCCGUGAACCCCAAAUCCACCCUGAGGCGGAGGCGGACCAUUAUUGGAUUCUCUAACUUUUCCCAGCGAGACCAAGGUCACGGCAACAGGCCGGCUGGCAGCGGGGCCCACACCGCCACCUCGGACAUCAGGCCCAGUCAUUCGGCCCCAGAAGGUGUGCAUGGAAGAGGGGCAGUUGGUCAGGAAGUUCAGUUCCCAAAUCUCACCUCCCCAGGACUGAGGAGUCCUUCUAGUGACCCAGAGGAACCGCUCCAAGUGCGCGGUGUCACCAAAGCCCCGGGCAUGGAGAGCAUAGGAAUCGUGUACAGCGUCCCCAGUUCUUGCAACGGGCCGACAGAAUCGACGUUCUCUGCUUCCUGGAAGGGAGAUACUUUUACCUACAUGGCUCCAAGUGCCGCCAGCCAGAGCAGUCGAGUGGGUGAAAAUGGAAGAGAUCCUUCCUCGGGCAACGCUUGGGUCCCUCUGCACGCGCUGCCGCCUCUAGUUCCUAAGGAGGCCGCUACCCUCCUUGUCACUCGUGAUAACCCUGCAGGAUGCAGUGGGUCAGCUGGCUACUCUGAGCGCCCUACUCAACGAAGGCAAGCAUCAGAGCGACCCUCCAAGAUUGGCCUCCUCACCAGUGGUACCUCAAGGCUGGAGACAGGCCCAGGGGGGUCCAGCAGGUUCCGGGAGCGGUCUCUGUCUGUGCCCACGGACUCGGGCACCGCGGAUGUGGACUACAAGGAGGAACAGAAGGCCAGUGAGGCCUGUGCCCUGCCUUACGCCAGUACGAGUUCUGAGGGCAGUAACAGUGCCGACAACAUCGCCUCCCUUAGCGCGCAACAGGAGGCCCAGCACAGGAGGCAGAGAUCCAAGAGUAUCUCGCUCCGGAAGGCCAAAAAGAAGCCGUCCCCACCCAUGCGCAGUGUCUCGCUGGUCAAAGAUGAGCAGGCCCUCUCGCCGGAAGGUGGGUCAGCACUGCCCAAGGACCAGAGGCCCAGGAGCCUCUGCCUCUCCUUGGAACACCAAGGACGUCCCUCAGCCCACCCCGAUGCUCAGGGUCACCCAGCUGUGCCAACCGUCAAAGAUCCGGAAGGUACACAACUCUCCCACCACUGGUAUCUGGCUGACUGGAAGUCCGGCGACACCUACCAGUCCUUGUCCAGCUCCAGCACUGCCACUGGCACCACGGUCAUCGAGUGCACCCAAGUUCAGGGCAGCUCAGAGUCUCUCGCCUCCCCUUGCACGUCCAGAGCCACGACGCCUUCCCAGCUCUCCAUCGAGGUGGAGGCCAGGGAAGUAUCCUCCCCAGGAAGGCCCACCGGGCUGAUGUCACCCUCCAGUGGAUACUCCAGCCAGUCGGAGACACCAACGCCCACCGUCUCCAUGUCCUUGACCCUGGGCCACCUGCCCCCUCCGAGUGGCGGCGUCCGGGUGCGUCCGGUGGUACCCGAGAGGAAGUCGUCGCUGCCCCCGACCUCGCCGAUGGAGAAACUUGCCAAGUCACGGCUGUCAUUUGACCUGCCGUUGACCUCUUCAGCCAACCUGGAUCUGUCCGGGAUGAGUAUCUCCAUCCGAAGCAAAACCAAGGUGAGCCGACAUCACUCAGAUACAAAUUUUGGGGCCAAGCUGGCCCAGAAAACGAGCCCCAACCAGCCCGUCAUGCCCAUGGUCACUCAGUCCGACCUCCGUUCCGUGCGCCUGAGGUCAGUCAGCAAGUCUGAGCCGGAAGAUGACAUCGAGAGCCCAGACUAUGCUGAGGACACAGGAGCGGACGUCUUCACCUUGCCAGAGAGAAAGACGAAACCCCCCAUAGCCGAGAAGCCCCCCGUGGCCCGAAGGCCUCCGAGCUUGGUCCCCAAGCCACCAUCCGUCCCCGAGGAGUACACACUCACCUCACCGACCUCGGCCAUGACCCCCAAGAGCUCAAUUCAACACACGCGGCCACUCCCUCAAGACAUCUACACGGUGGUGCGGAAACCAAAGCCCUCCAGCUUCCCCGAGGGCAGAAGCCCCGGGGAACCUCCAGCGCCCUCGUCUCUCGCUUUCACACCUUUUGCCAGUUCCUCUGGUGCUUUCUUCUCAGGAACACAGCAACCUCCCCAGGGCACCACGGAGGACGGGGGCCCCAAGGCGAGAGCCCUGCCUGAAAGAAUCAGCCUGCAGAGCCAGGAGGAAGCGGAGAGAAAGAAAGGCAAGAUCCCACCUCCCGUCCCCAAAAAGCCCAGCGUGCUGUACCUGCCUCUCACCUCACCCACGGCUCACAUGGAGGCGUACGGGGCCGAACCAAGGCUGCCUCUCAGCCCCAUCAUCACCCUGCAGGAAGAAGCCAAGGGUCCCCCCACCAGUGACCACCCACAGUCCCCUGGUACGAGGACGACUUCACCACUGCAGGCUGAAGGUGAAAGGGAGGCAAGUCCUCUAGGGAGCUCUGCAGAACCAAGCACUGAAGAAAAAAGUGUAAUCAGCGAUAAAACAGCCGAAUGGAUCGCCGAAGACGAUGAGGACGUGUUUGUGGCUUCUCGCACAACGGAAGAUUUGUUUACUGUGAUACACAGGUCCAAAAGAAAGCUGCUUGGCUGGAAAGAGCCUGGGGAGGCCUUUGCCAGCGGCGGCAGACCAAGCUCGCAUUCACCAGUAAAGAACCCAGCUGAUUCUCCAGUCGGUGAGUCAGCUACCCCUCCCGGGUCAAGCGGCGGUGCCAACCUAGAUGCUGGCAGAAACGAUGACUUCAAGGCCUUGCUACAGAAGAGGGGAAGCAAGGCAACUCCAAAGUCCCGCCCCUCAGCAGCCGAACUGCUGAAGACCACUAACCCACUGGCUCGGAGAAUUAUUGCACAAUUUUCAAAAGACUACGAAACCACCGAUAACCCCAGUACCUAAGGCCCGGGUUCAGCAAACAGGGUUUAGUCACCAGACUUGAGUAGACGAAGGGGAAGAGAAAGGGUUUUAAAAAGGAGUCGUGGAAAUAACAGAAGAGCCUACUUGUCCUUUCCAUUCAUUCACCCCCUGGACAGCAGGAGAGAGGCCACUUGACCUAGAACUGAAAUCAUCAGGCACUUUAAUCACCUUCGGACAUUUCGCAUUGUCAUACGUGUAACGAUCUUGCCAUUACUGACGACAGAUUUUCUCCUUCUUCCCCCCAGUGCUGUGCCCUGAGGAGAAAUCCGUCCCUGACUCCUGUCACCAAGGGGCACAGUGCGAGGGCCGACUGGGGCUGCCGAGACUGGGGGUUUUCCGAUUAUUCACUUUCCGGGCAAGGCCUUGAUGGCCCUGUGUAGAGAAGCAGAAAGACUCUGAGGCCUCUUCAAACCACAGUCUUGCUCUCCGAAGCCCCCCUCAGAGAGGUUUGCGGGUGUACGCUUAUUUCAGCAUGGGGUUGAUUGGCUGGCUUUUGUCAUGCAAAAUAUGAAUGUGACUCUGUCUUGAAAUUCAUGCCUUUUUCAGUUGGAUUGUCUACGCGGAGAACAGGGUGAUGAGUUCCGAUAAACAUGUAGACCCCCCUCCCCCUUUAGCUAGGAAAAGUCAGGACUGGGUUGCUUUGGAUGAACCAAGUUCAGCGAGCAAACGAGGCAGCCAUGCGUUCUCUCAGAUCUAGCCGAGGCAACUCGCACGCGCGCGUGCGCCGUGACAUUCUCCGAGGGUCUGUCCACAAUGAGAGCUAGGAUCGGUGCCCAGCUCAGGCUGCAUUCUAAGAACCCUCGUUUCACUUGCAUAUAACCUUCAUUACAGGAAGUAAUUAGCUGAAGGAACAGCAUCAUCAAAGGCUCAAGGAGGAGAGAAAGUAAGUGUAACUUGUCCACCUCCAUUCAGUUUAGAUUGUGGUUUGUGGUUGCUUUUGUUUGGGUUAAAGGAGGUCUUACUCUGUUCCCAAACCGAGAAUGUAUGGACUAAAAAAGGAUAUAUCCAAAACCUAAAAGGCUGCCUUGCAAGUUGCUGUGGCCCAUAACACACACACACACACAAAGGGCUAAUUUUUUUUUUUUUUUUUUUUUUUUUUGGCCAUUUAGGUUCCACCUUGUGACCAACUUUCAGUUAACUAUGCUGUGGGGGAGUGGAUGGUCUGGGGAAAAUAGGGUGCUGACAGAGCCCCAGAACAAUCCCCGUGACCCCCCUCCCACAAACACACAAGCUUAUAGGCACUAACUAUUCUUGUCAGUUCAAUUUUCUAAACAGGUCAAGAGCAGUGAUUCAUUUGAUUUUCGUAUGUCUGGUCGCUGGGAGGUUGGGGGGGAAAAACAGACGACGCAUUGAACAAAAACUGGCUGACCAGUCAUGGAGGGUUAAUUGUCCACGUUCCCAAGAAGGGAAAAGAAAAGUCAAAGGAAAUUGUAGCCUGCUUCCUGGACCCCUUCCUCCUUCACCACUGCCAUCCCCCCACCAACGGAUUCAUUGGCCAACCUCCUGGAGGCUGCAAAAACUGCCCCAGAGACAAGCAGUUCUUGAUUUUGAUAGGCCGCCUUGCUCACCAAUGAGAAGCAAGCUCUUAGCUCCACUGCCCACACUCUAGCAGGCAGAGCAGCUGAAAAGCUACCCUGAGAGCUGAGGAGACUUGGAAGCCGCUUAGAAGCCUUCAGCCUAGACCCUGGGUUGGUACAGUUCUGAAUUCCGGACUUCUGAGUACAGGCCGGCCUCACCAACUUCUGCGCGAUCCGCACUUGCCCCUGGUUUAGGCAGAGGCCACUUAAAAUAAUAAGCAGCGAGAACCCAGUUGCUUUCGAAAGCAUCCCAACUAUUUGGUUCGAAGGUCCUGAUCGAAUUUCAGGGGGUUUGCCUGACAUCAAAUAAGACUCAUUCCUGGCCUGAAUUUACAUACGAAUGCCACACUCGUCUGCCCCAGCCUCAGCAUUCCAAAAGACAAAUAUUUUCCUCCUUAGGGAAGUGAAGGGGUGUUUGUGCUUUGGCCUAACAAAAGUGAAAGGCUUCCAGGGCCUUCUCCUGGGGAAGCACUUUGAACAGCUCAACUCUGAAGCCGAAUACGAGACUCACAUAGUAUAGGAUUUGUUACUUCUGCUGAUUUUUCUGGAAGCUUCUCGUUUGCUACUUCUAGUGGGUUUCGCCUCUCCCCUCGCCUUGCUAUCUCUGGUGGUUUUCCCAAAAGGUUCUAAAGCUGAAUGACCGGACACCUUUAGGUUUUAACGUUUCCUUGAGUCUUGCUUUCCUCUAUGGUAGUCUGUAUACCUGGGAUUUUUAUAACGUCUUCUGCAUCAUUAUUAUGGCCCUGAAAUUCCCGGUGGUGUUUCUCAUUAGCACAAGAGGAUUUGGGGCAGUGAUUGUAUGGCCAGAGGGAACACCGAGGACUAGAAAUGUUCCUUUAAUAUUUUGCAGCAGGGGACCUAAUCCCAAACAAACAGCCAGACUGUAGAAUUUGUUAGUCAUUGAGGACCGUAAGACCAAACAUCUUUCCUGCUCUUAACACGCAACAUCUCUCACCCCUGUGAUUAUCAUAACACCAGCUCUCUCUCCCACCGAGGCACACAGCAUGGUGUUUGCUGCCUUGUACCCCUACUUGCUAAGGCUAGAGAAGACAGGCUGCAAGCCCCUCCAGGCAGGCUUUCAGAGAACCUCCUGCUGCCUCUGUUACUUGUGCAGAUAAUAAUGAUAACAGGUUUUGAAGGUGGAAAUCAGAAGGGGUUCAAGUGAAAUGAAGUUGGCCCCAGGAGGUCAGCUUCCAUUUGAAGUUGUUUCCAUCCUUCUGGUUUGCUCUCAUUCCAGCCAGUAGCAGCAGGUGGCUCUGCUAGGCUGACCUCAGUCUAGUCACAAGCAGAGAGAGUUGUCCCCAGGAUUGGUUAAUGGGUAGCUAAGAGUGCUUUGCUCUAGGUGGGUGUUGAUUACAUAUUUGUGGUUCAAAUGUUGAGGGGAGAGAGCAAGCCAUUCUUGGUACAACAGGAAGCCUCGUUGGUGCCUCCCCUCCUUUGCCUGCCUCAUCUCUCGCCUGGACCUCCCACCGGGCCCCAACUUGUCCCUCAGCCCCAACUCCCGUGACCUGCAUCCCUAGCCUCCCGCGCGUACCCUUUCAGGAGGCGGGACCACAGGCAGCGAAACAGUUCACCUUAGCCUAAUGACCACAAGUCGACCAGUUGGUCCGAGGGCAUUACUUCGAAUGUGCAAAGAUGGAGGAGAUUCUACAAGGCUGACAAUGCGCAUUUCACUGGACAUCCAUCUUAAUUAACUCUCUAGAUGACACGGAUCAGCUCAUGAUCCCGCUGUACCUGUCUGAGCAGAUGUGUCCAUGCACCUGCCCUCUUCCUCACAAACAAAUCAUCCCCUAAAAAAAGACGAGUUCAUGGCCAGGGCUCUGUUCCUCACCAGAGGAGUAGCCUUCCAUCCUCACCAAGUGUGUAAACACAGUAGAAAGCUUUCACUGUAAUCGGAUCUGCCAGGGCCAGGACCAGAGUGAGGUGAACGAGGCGCCCGCUCUCGGGGCCACCCCGUGCCUUACCCUCGGGCCAGCCCUGCUCUUUGCACUCUAUAAAUACCAGUUUAUCUUCUUCCCGAGCGCAAGUGUGGUUCCUCCAAUAACUCCCUAUCUGCCGUUGCACCAGAUAUCUUAUUACCAUCUCUUUUUCCACUGCUCUCAACCUUUGUAUGCCUAUACAUCAGAGAGCCUUCAAUAUGAUCAGAAGACAUGGUUGAUUUCCAAGCAACCUGCUCCGACUGGCAAGUCAGCCCCCAUUUCGGUAGGGAUGCAGACAGGGGCGGCCCUUCAGCAAGAUCGUGGAUAAGUUGGAGGCCUGCCACUGGGACCCUCUCUCUCCUCUUUCUGCUCCAUGUUCCCCAGACCUUGGUUCCCAGAACCAACCCUCCUGAGUGCCUCUUCGUUUGUUCUCCUCACUCAGAAAAACAUGCUCUCAGGAAAGAGAUGAAGUCCUUUACUUGGACAUUGUAAGGCUUAAUGCUACCUUUUUUGAGGGUCACUUGCAUUGUAACAGGGGAAAAGCCUUAAGCCAAAGGAAUUGAAGUUCUACUUGUAGAAUGUUAGGCACCGAUUAGUUGCCGAAGUGUAUUUUUCACCACGGAAUGGCUAAAUUCCCUGACCGCCAACUCCAGAAGACAGAAAAUGCUGUAGUCUCCCGGAAUUAUUUUAUCACAUUGCCGGUGGUUGGCUACAUAGGCCUGAUCCCCAGUGCUGUCCUCUUGGACAAGGGACCAAGGGACCACAUCUACCAAGAGACUCUCGGAAAUGGCUCCCGGAAGGCCGAGAUCCUCGCUAUUGUACAGUGACGUUUUUACACGAAUGGAAGUCAUACUAAUCAUUUUAGUAAAAGAACACAAGGCGUUAGGGUUUGUGAGACUGUGUCCUGUUCGUGAAAGGUGAAACUGUCCAAUCGAUGUCUGAUCAAUGUCGGUCACCCGGUGUUGGUGGUGAUUAUUAAAUUUCCCGGAGGUACAGCUUUACUGACCACAAGCCUCUGCUUCCCCUACCCUUAUUUAUGUUUUGUGCUAUCACUUGCGCUUGGUGUGAGAGAGACCAGAUCUCUGCCAGAGCACCCAGUCCCUCCGAAGCCUUUGCUUGUGUUUCAGCUUUAAGUCAUGAAGAUAUUAGGGAUCUAAGAGGACAGGAGAGUGGGAAAGAGGUACAAACAGCUGCCUCCGUCAAAGGGCAGCAAGAAUUGUAAUUUAAACAAUGACAUGAAAUAAAGUUCUAGAAUAUUCUGAAACAGACUUAUAUAGGGAUACAGUAGUAAAUGGUUAGCGACAAAUAUUUGAGGCGCUUUUAAUAAGUGUAACAAAAAUACUUUUGCAUAAGUAAUGGGUUGUGUGAAAUACGUAUAUAUGUUUGUUCAGCAAAGCCCAAAAUCGAGGCCAGUGGUUCUCAGAGUGUAAUCUCGGAACCAGCAGCAGCAGCCGCAGCCCUGGGAUAUGUAUGUGUGUGUGUGUGUGUGUGUGUGUGUGUGUUCCAGCGACGUUACUUCUUCAAGCCCCUGAAUCACUGUAGCCACGACUGUCCAAAUGGUUCCAGCCUUUCCCGUCGUUUCUUCUGUCCUUAGAGUGAUCGGUGUCUGGCCAAGUGAUGUAUAUUUUCGUGUUGGUCAGGUAUACAUUUGUCUGGUGUUAAGAAACAAUCAGAUUGAAUCAACGUACUUACUUAACCUGCAAAACCCUUGAUUUGACUUAGCCACGACAUCUGACCUGUUCAGAGGUUUAAAUUUUUUUUUUUUUUUUUGUAAUUCACGAAUAGGAAAAAGGAAGAAGUGUUCUGUUUGUUUGGUAUUGCCAACCCUUAAAUACCUAUCUUCACCGUGGUGGCUGCUCUCGACGAGGGCUCCGAUUUUAAGAUUUUGCCUACAUAGUGGAAUUUGAUAUCAACAAAUCCACCAACAAAAUCUGAACUGGAACAGCCAGUUAACCCCUCUCAGCUUCUCCUUAAUGCCAAGCUUUAUAGGAACUUAUUCCUCAUGUGGUGUUCAGCUUUUUUUUUUAUGUCCAGUUUUAUAAGAUGUUAUGCAUGCGGACGCAGCAUUGUGCUCAUUGUAUAAGUCACACUGAACUCAUUUCUUCCUCCGUAUGUAUGAUGGUGAUGAAAUACCAGUCUGUAUGUCCUGACUUCUCCCAAUCAACUGUAAAUGACAAAUCUUUUCAUUAAUUUUUAAAUGAGAUAUAUUAACUCUG